AUGACCAAAAGAAGAACAGUGCCAAUGAUUCCGGUGGCCGUGGAACCCCAAUUCUGCCCGGAGGCUGUCCGGUGGUGGAUGGAAGGGGUGGCCAAGUAUGAGAAGAAAUCUAUGAAGGUGCGUGAGGCGGCCAGAAAACACAUGUCCGCCGUGGGCUGGAAAUUCUGGCACGCCAGGCUUCAGGGCAAUAAACCGGUUGAGUUUAGGUACCAAUCUCCGGCCGGAAAGUUUUACUACUCGCUUAAAACGGCCUGCAAAGCCUGCGUGGAUCUGGACGACCUAAACGCCAGUUUCGAAAGCAUUGGUUCAAAUAGUUCUGAUCCUAAUUCUCCUUUGGAAGAAUGUAAGGUAGUUAUGGAGCCAAAAACUUGGCCAAGUUCCACCGAAACAACGCCAAGAAAGAGAGGAAGGCCAAGGAAAAUUGAUACAGUAAUGGCGCAAAAGAGAGCAAGAAAGAGGAAGAUUGAUUCGGUAGCGCCGGAGGAGGUUCAUCAGAGCACUGAUAUUGGCCCUAGGGAGCCGAAAACGCCGGAGGAGGAAGAACAUGAGAUCGUUGAUUCGUCAUUAAGUUCUGAUCCUGAUUAUACUAUGGAAGAAGAUUGUAAGGAAUCAAUGUCGUAUACUAAUUCCCCUGAAUCGAAGCCGAAAAAGAGAGGAAGAAAGAGGAAGAUAGACAGUCUUGGUCCCAAGAAACCAAGGAAGGUUCUGGCACAGUUGAAGAGGCUUAGACUUGAAGAACAUCCAAGGUUACAGAUUCGAAGUCCAAGAACAAUUGUUUCUUCUUUGAUAGACCAGAAGAUUGUUAUGCAAAAUGCUAAAGUGCACUACCGUGGGAGAAGAAGCGGUGACAGUCCACUGGCCACGGGCCACCUUACUCGUGAAGGGAUCAUGUGUGAUUGUUGCAGUAAGGUGUUUGCUCUCACCGCUUUUGAAGCACAUGCUGGUAGCACGAAUCACAGGCCGGGUGCCAACAUCAUUCUCGAUGAAGAUGGGAGGACGAUUGCAGAUUGCCAACAAAAGAUGAAAAGUUUAAAGGAUGAGAAGAAGGUGAUUAAGAGUAGUAACAAGAAGGAUAAGAUUGAUGAUUUAUGCAGCUUGUGUCAUAAUGAGGGUGAGCUGAUUCUGUGUGAUAGAUGUCCUUCUGCAUUCCAUGCUAGCUGUUUGUGUUUGAGUGAAGUAACAGAUGGCGAAUGGUUCUGCCCGGCGUGUUCUUGUGGAAUCUGUGGCAGUGGACAAGUUGAAGAAGGAACUAUUCCUGGUGAAAUUAGGAAAUGUGAUCAGUGUGAGCACAAGUACCAUGUUGGGUGCUUGAGAAACAAUCAUGUGGUUUGUGAACAGAACUGGUUUUGCAGCAGUAAAUGUCAAAGUAUUAUGUCUGGGCUCAAAGGACUUUUGGGACAGCCAAUUGUAGUAGGUGACAACAAUCUCACAUGGACACUAUGGAAAUCUUCCUCCGGUAACAGGACAGACAUCAGACAAACUCAGAAAAAGCUCAGAUCGGCUCUCAACGUUUUGCAUAAGUGUUUUGAGCCGUCUGUCGAUCCAUACACAAACACAGACCUCGUCGAAGACAUUGUGUUUAACAAAGAGUCGAAGCUGAGGCGCUUGAAUUUCCAAGGCUUUUACACUGUGCUUUUGGAGAGGAAUAAGGAAGUCAUCUGUGUGGCUACUGUGAGGGUCUAUGGGGAAGUGGCAGAAGUACCUCUUGUAGCCACCAUGUUCCAGCACCGGAGACUUGGGAUGUGUCGAAUUUUGAUGAAUGAGCUGGAAAAGCAGCUUACUAAGUUGGGAGUCUUGAGACUGGUUUUGCCUUCUGCUCAUGCUGCACUGGAUACAUGGACUAACACUUCGAUUGGGUUUUCGAAGAUGCCUGAAGAUGAAAAACCACAGUUUGUCAAUUAUUUUUUCCUGUACUUUCAAGGUACUAUCAUGUGUCACAAGUUUUUGAAGCAGAAGAGUGCUACAACAGAAGCAACAGUCCUAGAAGAAAACAUGGAACUUGAUGAGUCUUCUGGUGGCAUCUCUAUAUUAACACAGGCAGAAGACUGAUAACAAGUUUUUAUGGCAUUGAACCAACGAUUUCUCCUCUUUCUUAUCGGUCUCCACUCCCUAUUAAAUUACUUCUUCAAACCCUUGGCAAUUCAAGGGUACAAAUCUGAGGAUGACUGGAUACUUAAUGGUACAAGUCUGGAGGUAAUUACAUAU